AUGCUGCUUCAAGCCACAAGCGCUAUCUCCAGCCUGCAGCUUUUGGCCAAAGUCGCUAUAGCUCAUGGCGGAGUGCGGUUUGCCUCCUCGUCUGUCGAUGUCGCUGCGAAGGUGGGCUUCGUGGGUCUGGGCGCGAUGGGCCACCGAAUGGCGAAGCACCUGCUCGACGCCGGCAAAAACCUCGUAGUGUACGACAGCAAUCGCUUUGCGAUCGAUCGACUGCUCGAAGAUGCGAGUGCGGUGGCAGCCGCCGGCGGGCCUGGAACUGUCGAAGCCGCGUGCAGCCCCGCUGACCUAGCUGAGACUCGCGGGGUGUCGGUUGUAUUUACUAUGCUGCCUGGCGCAGCUGCUGCUCGUCGGGCUUACCUUGCUGGGGAUGGGCUGCUGGCGGCGAGCGGAGGAGUGGUGCCCCGGGUGCUGGUGGACUGCACCACCCUAGAUCCGCCCACCGCCCGGGAGCUGGAGGGCAGGGUUCGUGCCACCCGCAUCAGCCCCGCAGCGGGACCCCCCCUGCCGGGGCUGCCCCCCCAGAACCCCGCAUUGCUGGAUGCGCCCGUGACGGGGGGCAUCGUGGGAGCUGAUAAGGGCACGCUGUCGUUCCUUGUGGGCGGUGAGGCGGCCGCUCUACCCGCCGUGGAGCCCCUGCUGCGGGACAUGGGCAGCCGGGUGAUCUGGUGCGGGGACGCGGGGGACGCGCAGGCGGCAAGGCUGUGCAACACACUGGUCAUGGCGGCCACAAUGGCGGCCACUGCGGAGGCCAUGGCGCUGUCCCGGCGACUGGGUGUUGACCCGGGGGUCAUGACCCGGGUGCUGAACUCGGGCAGCGGUCGCAGCUGGGUGAGCCAGGAGUACAACCCGGUGCCGGGACUGACUCCUGAUGCGCCUGCCAGCCAGGGCUACCGGGCCGGUCAUCGUUCCUCCCAAGUUGUGGAACACCUCACUAUGGCGCUGAAUGCGGCUGAUAAAAGCCACUCUCCCGUACCAGUAUGCCGUAACACCCUGCAGCUGUACAGCAAGAUUGUGGAGGAGGGCAUGGGCGACCAGGACUUUGCAUCCAUUUACCGCUAUGUGUACGGCAGCGGCAGCUCGUCCCACGAGUGGCGCUCGGGGGAGCAGCUCUUCAACUCCACUCACUGA